UCUGACCCCAUCCAGGCCCAUUAUAACUUCUGGCUGAGCCUGGUGGACAAGCUGAACAUCAAGGCCUUUGUGGACCUGACCCUCUCCCCGUCGGUCCGGCAAGGGACGCAGCACCUCCUGCGCAUCACCGGACUGGGCCUGCCUCUUGAGGAAGAUGUCCUUGCUGUCGGAUGUCCAUCGAGGCCUGUCCUUUCCCGGCUCUCCUCAUCGCGUGGCCCUCGUCUCCGGCUCCUGCCUCUACUUCCACUACGGCUGCGAUGGCGUGGAUGACCGCGGCUGGGGAUGUGGCUACCGGACGCUGCAGACACUGUGCUCCUGGCUGGUGUCUUUGGCCGACCAGCAACGUGUCAAUCCUCGCCCGGUGCCUUCGGUGAAGGAGAUCCAGGACUCCCUGGUGGAGAUGGGGGACAAGCCCCCGUCCUUUGCCGGCUCCAAGGACUGGAUCGGCACCGUGGAAGCGGCUUUGUGCCUGGACCACUUCUAUGCCGUCCCGGGCAAGCUGGUCCACGUGCCCUGUGGCCGGGAGCUGGAGAGGGAGCUGGAGGCCUUGUACGGCCAUUUCCAGGGGGGCGGGGGUCCCAUCAUGAUGGGAGGGGACCGAGACAACUCCUCCAAGGGGUUGCUGGGCGUCUGCUCCGGCCCCACCGGGCAUCACCUCCUGGUUCUGGACCCGCACUAUUACGGCAGGGCCGGCUCCCUCCCAAAGGGAGAGUUGCAGACGAGAGGCUGGGUUUCUUGGAGGGGACUCGAGUCCUUUGAGGAGAGCUCCUUCUACAACCUCUGCCUCCCCCAGUUCUGGACAAAAGGGUCUCCUCCCUUGUGAAACCGAGGAGCAAUUCCUCAACAUACAGUACUAAACAUAAAUGCCAUCAACACAAACAAGGGGAUAAUGCUUUGGGAUGGAAAGUGGAGGUGAAAAGGAGAAAGUGUCAGGACGUGAUAGCCCAGCAUUCAUAACAACUGUACUCUCCACGUCCUGCCAGAGCAAUGGCGGGAGGGAGAUAAUCUAAAUCAGGGGUCUCCAAACUUUUUAAACAGGGGGCCAUGUCACGAUCCUUCGGACCGUUGGAGGGCCGGACUAUAGUUGGCAACUGAGCAAGAAUUAAUAAUAAUAAUAAUAACAAUAAUAAUAAUAAAAAAGACUGGAAAAACUGGAAAAGCUGACACGAUAUGAGGAUUUAAAGAUCGAAUUACAAAGACUCUGGCACAAGCCAGUCAAGGUGGUCCCAGUGGUGAUCGGCACAUUGGGUGCAGUGCUUAAAGACCUUGGCCUGCACUUAAACACAAUUGGCGCUAACAAAAUUACCAUCUGUCAGCUGCAGAAGGCCACCUUACUGGGAUCUGCACACAUUAUUCGCCGAUACAUCACACAUUCCUAGACACUUGGGAAGUGUCCGACAUAUGAUCCAAUACAACAGCCAGCAGAGUGUCUGCUGUGGACUCAUCUUGUUGUGUUUCUAAUAAUAAUAGUAAUAAUAAUAAUAAUAAUAAUAAUAAGGGUUUUAAGAGAAGAGACCUCUUGGGUCAUUUAGCCCAACCCCCUUCUUCCCAUGUGCCGUGGGGGCCGGAUAAAUGGCUUUGAUGGGCCGCAUCCGGCCCCUGGGCCUUAGUUUGGGGACCCCUGAUCUAAAUGAUAAGGACCAUCUGGCCAGGGAUGGGUUUUAUAGCCAGCUCUGGUUUUUCAAGCCUGGGAAAAGGAUCAUAUAACAGAUAUGUAGGAAGGUAGAAGGCGGAUAUACUCAGGGUUUGGUGGGAAUACGCCAGUUUCAGCUUCGUUUUCAUCUUGAAAAGAAGGUCCUCAAUAAAGCGUUUCCACGGA